UCCCUUGCAGUCCGCCUUCUCAGUGGUUUUAGCGAGCAAAACCCUUGGCCAGUCUCACUCUCCUCAUGCCUCUUCUGGUCACCGCCCUUCCACCUCACAACCCACUCUCCAUAGCGCCAUUUCCCCCUCGCGAUUUAAUUAGGCUCCUAAGCCUGCCUCGUCCGACUUUUGCUUUCCCCUGUCAUUGCCUUCCUCGCUCUUGAUUCCGUGGUUUUUUUUUGCCGCCUGAACGAUACAUUUUCUAGACGUGUCAACUGCAGUGAAAUUUGUGAAAUUAGUGUGAAAGGCGCGAAGAAGGAAUGGUUCGGCGUAUCAGCAGCGCCUCCCAGGCGUCCCAUUUCUCCGAUCUAGACGGGAGAGAUGGUCCUGGCUUCGCGUUGACUCUUCCAGGAUUCGAUCCCGCGGCUUUCACUUCCUCCCUCCAGAAUGCCGUCGAUCAGCAGAAGCAGCGGUUUGACCGAUUCGUCAAGUCCCAACUGGGGAAGGUUCAACUGCGUCAGAAAACGACAAAUGCAGCGCAGCUAGAACUUUCUCAGCCUGCUGUACACUGGCCAAUGCGAAGGCGAGGAUCGACCCGCAGCGCGGUCGGAACAGUGCAAUUCGUUUCCAGCCCCCCUUUCGCUGCUGUCGCUGCCGAUUCGCUAAAAGCACCCGCGUCUAAAGCCCCGGAGAUAAAGGACGGAGCUGCUCCUUCAGCGGCAUCGGCGGCGGCGGAUGCGGCGGGUAACGCGGUGAAGCCGACACUGGCGCAGUACCUGCGGAAGCCGAUCGCGCUGUUCAGCUUCAUCCCGAAGGACGCGGCGCUCUUCUUCGCCGGCGCCGUCGCUGGCGGCACCGCGAAGACCGUCACCGCGCCGCUGGACCGCUGGAAGCUCAUGCUGCAGGUGCGCAGCGUGCAGGUGCCUCAAGACGUCGCUGCGAAGCCGGUCGGGCUGCUUGACUCAUUUCUGGCGAUCGGGGCAAAAGGAGGGCGUGCUGGGCUACUGGAAGGGUAACUUGCCGCAGGUCAUCCGUAUCAUCCCCUACAGUGCAGUUCAGCUCUUCGCGUACGAAAUGUACAAGAAGGCAUUCCUCGGCAAGAACGAGGAGCUCUCGGUGCCUGCCAGGCUGGCAGCUGGCGCAUGUGCUGGCAUGACGUCAACACUGAUCACCUACCCGCUCGAUGUCCUUCGCCUGCGCCUGGCGGUGGACCCGGCAUCUAGGAGCAUGCGCGCCGUGGCGCUGGGGAUGAUCCGCGAGGAGGGCGUGCUGUCGUUCUACAAGGGCCUCGCUCCCUCCCUCAUCUCCAUCGCGCCCUACAUCGCCCUCAACUUCUGCGCCUUCGACCUCAUCAAGCGCUCCAUCCCUGAGAAGUACCGCAAGACCCCCCAGGCGUCCUUUGUGACUGCUCUCUGUGCGACGACCUUCGCAACGGUGAUGUGCUACCCGCUGGACACGGUGCGGCGGCAGAUGCAGAUGAAGGGGUCGCCCUUCAACUCGGUGUUUGACGCCAUCCCCGGCAUCAUUGCGCGUGACGGCGUGGUUGGGCUGUACCGCGGCUUCAUUGCCAAUGCACUCAAGAACCUCCCUAACAGCAGUAUUCGCCUGACAACGUAUGACACCGUGAAGCAACUGAUCGCAUCGAGUCGUGAGGAGUAUGCCAAACUUGUGAAGGAGAGGGAGGCUCAGAUUGGUGUGCAAUGAUGCUGGCUUCUUCCUGGUUAUGUCUGGCAAGUUAUAAACCCCCUUUCCGUUCAGCUGUUGUGGCUGCAAACCCCUAAAGCAUACAUAGGAAUUUCCUACAAUAAUGCAGUUGUAGAUGGGUAUCCAUUUACCA